UGGGAUAUUUUGUGCAUUAAAUUUAAGGGAGGCUUAUAAUAAUGAGAGCAGAAAGGCAAUAGCUAGUUCAGCGAAGAAGACAAUGGAUUAUGUAGGUGGAUUGCUACUUGCCGGCACUUUGGUCCUGUGCAUUGGUUGGUUUGCAAUAAGCAACAAAUGUAACAAGAAGCUUCCACCAGGACCAUAUCCCUUGCCCUUGAUUGGAAAUCUUCACAACAUACUUGGUGGUCAACCUCACCAGUCCCUUGACAAACUUGCCCAAAAGUAUGGCCCAAUAAUCAGCCUCAGAUUGGGCCAAAAAAUGACAGUGGUUAUAUCUUCAUCCACGGUUGCUAAGGAAGUUUUACAAAAGCAAGAUUUGGCCUUUUCUAGCAGAACAAUUCCGGAUGCAAUCUAUGCCCUAAAUCACUACCAAUUCUCUGUGGUAUGGCUACCAGUCGCUAAUCGAUGGAGAAGCCUUAGGAAAAUCUUGAAUUCCUAUAUCUUCUCCGGAAGCAGGCUUGACGCCAAUCAACAUCUCAGGUCCGGAAAGAUCCAAGAUUUAAUUGCUUAUUGCCGUGGGUUUAGCGAAACUGGUGAGGCGGUGAAUAUAGGACAAGCUGCUUUCGAGACCUCUAUGAAUUUACUUUCGAACACCAUAUUUUCCAAGGAUGUUGUGGACCCUUAUGCAAAUUCAGGUAAAGAAUUCAAGGAUGUGGUGUCCAACAUCAUGGAAGAUGCUGGUAAGCCCAAUUUGGCUGAUUAUUUCCCCGUGUUUAAAACAAUUGAUCCUCAAGGAAUAAGGGGAAGAGUAGGCAAGCAUUUUGGUAAGUUGCUUCAGCAGAUUGAGGGAUUGAUCGAUGAACGAUUGGAGGUAAGGAGGAAAUCAGCAACUACUGGUAGCACUGACGUUCUUGACGUUCUGUUAAAUACCAGCAAAGAAGAUGCUCAAGCAAUCGACAGAAAUCACAUAGAACGGUUAUGCCUGGACCUAUUCACUGCGGGAACCGAUACAACUUCAAAUACAUUAGAAUGGGCAAUGGUAGAGGUCAUGAGAAAACCAUACAUAAUGAAAAAAGCUAAAGCUGAACUUGCUGAAGUUAUUGGCCAUGGCAAGGCAAUAGAAGAAGCGGAUGUUGCCCGUCUCCCAUAUUUGCAGUGCAUAGUGAAAGAAACUUUGCGGAUGCACCCACCAGUUCCCUUUUUGAUCCGAAAGGUAGAUCAAGACGUUGAGGCAUGUGGCUAUUUUGUUCCGAAAGAUUCUCAAGUGUUGGUGCAUGUAUGGUCAAUAGGCCGUGAUCCAGCUAUAUGGGAGGAUCCUCUGACAUUUAAGCCAGAGAGAUUUUGGAGUUCGAAAAUGGAUGUUCGUGGCCAAGAUUUUGAACUCAUUCCAUUUGGUGCCGGUAGAAGAAUUUGCCCGGGGUUACCUUUGGCAACCCGGACACUUUCUGUGAUGUUGGGUUCAUUGUUGAACUCAUUUGAUUGGAAAGCUGAAGGUGGUAUUGCACCAGAAGAUUUGGAUGUAGAAGAAAAGUUUGGCAUUACACUAGCGAGGUCGCAUCCAUUACGAGCUGUCCCUAUUCCGCUAUAAAUGUCGUCGACUACAAAUUACCAAUGCAAUACUUCUCGAGCUUACCCUGGCAUUUCGAAUCUCAACUAUGUAAUUCUUCCUCUUUUUUCUUCUCUCUAGCUAUAAUCAUUUACAUAAUUGCAAAUAAAGCUUGACAAUCUAGUGUUUUACCAA